ACCGAGUGCCCGUUCUAGUUCCUUAAUGUCUUUAUACAGUAUUCCCUCCUUUUUGUCUCAGGGUCUGUGGAGCUUGGACCUAUCUGGAGGCCAGCAGCUGUCCUCAAAGGUCCUGUCUGAAACCCUCGGCUGUCUUCCAGCCCUGCGCUCGCUCUCUUUGGCCGGUACACCUUGUGACAGAUGUGUCAUCAAGGCGAUUGCCCAUCGCUGCCGUUUGCUGCGCCAUCUGGACGUAUCCCGCUGUCAUUCCCUUUCCCCCGCUGCUCUUCUUCCUCUUGGAGGUGGGGGUUCCUUCUUGUCCUCCCAGACUUGUAUUUCCUCUUCUUGCCCUGCAACCCUGUCUCCUCUCCCCCUCAGCAGCCUGCUGGCUUUGGAUAUUGGAUUUAGGGAACAAGAGGGAGACUCUCUGGCAGCCGCAGCCUACCUCCUUCUCUCCCUGCCCAGCCUGGAGAGAGUGGCCUUGGAGGACCUUGCACAGGCCUGCCGUCUCGUCCAGCACCGACAGUUCAACCAGACGGAUGAGUUCACUGACAGAGAAGGAGUUCCCAGGCUGGGGGAGGUGUGGAGGGAGUGGAGACUCAGACAAGGCAUGGACAAGAAAAAGAGAGAAGGAGCAACAGCAGGUGAAAAAGAGGAGGGGGAAAGUGUAUUAUUGGAUGGGUAUGGUAGUGAGAGUGAGGAAGAUGCAGUAAGAGAUGAAGGGCCAAACUGCUCCCAGAACCAAACAGAGGACAUCAAGAAAGGACGGAGUUUGUCAUGUGAUGAACGCCUGCUCCUGCGCCUGAAGGAUGUCAAGGUGUUAUCAUGUGACUCUUUAGACAGUUUAAGCAAUGCAUGUCCAAACAUUUACUCCAUAUCUGUGAACGUCGAUCCUUUUGGAAAUGCUGGAGGAAGCAGCCAGGGCUCUCUGUUAGCCGCAGGCCUCCAGUCGUGGGCAGGCCAGCUGCGUCGCCUCUCAGUCCACCACCCCGGUCCUCUGGUGGACCUCCUCCCUGCCUUGCGAGUUGCAGGCUCCUCAUUGGUCUCGCUCACCCUGGAGGGGGUGAAAACCAGCCCGCACACCCCUCUGCUGGAGGUCAUCGAGGUCUGUCCCAGACUCCGAGAUCUGCUCAUCUCUGCCGAACCUCCCACUGCCCCACAGGGAGCAGAAGACGAGGAGGAUCAGGGGGACGACCCAGAUCUUCCGCAGCUGCCUAACCUCUGCUCUCUCACACUCAACUUCUCCUAUGAGCACAGCCAAAUGAAGCCCGUCAUGUCCUGGAUGUCCCUGAGAAGGGUGCUCAAGUGUCUCCUGGCUGGUUCUCCUUUACUGGAGAAGCUCUCACUGGUCUCCCUGCCCUGCCCUCUGAACUGCGUUUUAAAGGAUGUCUGA